GGGAAAUAUAAGCAUGCCUCUGUCCCCGGCUAGUGGCAUUGGCCGCUUCUACGCCAAAUCGGCCAAGAUCAUCCGCUUCGUGCGCCUGGGCUGCACCAAUCGCCCCUUCUACCACAUCGUCGUCAUGGAGAGGAGAAAAAACCAGCACCAGCCUGUGAUUGAGCAGGUCGGCUCCUACGAUCCCCUGCCCAACGAUUCCAACGAGCGACUGGUGGCCCUGAACACGGAGAGGAUCCGCCACUGGCUGGGAAAAGGUGCUCAUCUGUCCACACCGGCGGCGGAGCUACUGGGAAUCGCCGGACUGCUGCCCAUCCACCCACGCACCUACAUGUCCGCCUGGCGCAACCGGAGAGCAGCCGCCGAGGCGGAGGCCAGCGCGGAAAAGGCGGAAUCCAACUCUUAAAGAUCGCAUUUUUUGGCCGUUAAUAAAAACCAUCGUUUUCGUUUUACGUUUAA